GAGGGUGGAGCCAUUCAAAAUGAAACUAAAAGCGAACUUGUUUAAAGUUACCCUACGGUUGCUCUUCUGUGUGCUAGCAUGCAUAUUAACUUUUCACUAAUUUGACAGAGAAAGUGAGCAGGUAUGAACAGCUAGAUUUACGUUUGGCAGAGACUUUUAUUUAAAGCAGCUGCUGUACAGUGCAUCCAAAGUGUACAUUUAUCAGUGUGAUUGUUUUCUGGGACGGCUGAUGUGACAGAAGGAACAGGCCUAUUUCAGGCCUACAGUGAGUAGUUCCUUAUAAGGUUUCCACUUCUCUCUUCACCGAGUUAACCAGAGAUAUGGCUUCCUCCAGCAGUGCUUUGUCUGAAGAGCAGAUUCAAUGCUCCAUCUGUCUAGAUGUGUUCACCGACCCAGUAUCCACUCCAUGUGGACACAACUUCUGCAGGGAUUGCCUUAAGAAAUGCUGGGACUGCUCUCAACAUUACACUUGUCCAAUGUGCAAAGAGACUUUUAAAAAGCGACCCGAGCUCAGAAUCAACACAACCUUCAAAGAGAUUGUGGGUCACUUACAGAAGCGGUAUGUUGAGGAAGAGUACACCGUGUACUGUGACGUCUGUACUGGGAAGCACAGAAGAGCACUCAAGUCCUGUCUGAACUGUGAAACGUCAUUUUGCGAGACUCAUCUUGAGCCCCACAAAAUCGCACCAAAAAUGAGGGAGCACACACUCAUCGACCCUGUGGAGAACUUUGAGGAUUACGUAUGUGAGAUUCAUAAGAAACCUUUGGAUGUGUUCUGCAGAGAUGAUCAGAAGUGCGUGUGUCAUUUCUGCGCACAGGGAGAUCACAAGAGUCAUGAAGUUGUUCCUCUGGAAGAGGAAAGUGAAGGGAAAAGGGCUGAGAUCAGGAAAACUCAAGCAAAUAUCCAUCGAAUGAUUAAUGACACACUGAAGAAAACUGAAGAGCUCAAUUUUUUGAUGGAGCACAAGAAUAGAAAGACAGAGAAAGAGAAGGCAGAAAUUGCUGAGCUCUUCACUUCAUUGGAGCACUCGAUUGGGAGAAGCAAGAAGGAGUUUCUUGAAGUGAUUGAGGAGGACAGGAGAACAGCAGAAGGGCAGACUAAAGCUCUAACUGAAGAGCUGGAGAAGGAAAUAAAAGAAUUAAAGUCAAGAGAUGCAGAGCUGGAGCAGAUCUUACAUGCUGAUGAUCAUCACCACAUACUACAGGCCCCGUGUAGACCUCCACAGCACAAAACCCGGCCUGUUUUGACCUGUAACACACACCUGAGUACAGAGACCUUGAAAAAAACACUGUCUCAGUUUCAGGAAUCAUUCCAUAAAGAAAUGGAAGAGCUUCCAAUGAUAAAACUUCAAAGAAUUCGGAAAUAUGCAGUGGAUGUAAGGUUAAACCCCAUGACAGCACAUCCGAAUAUAAUUUUGUCAGGAGACAGGAAGCAAGUGCGGUGCGGAGGAGAAGAGCGAAACGUUCCAGACAACGAGGAAAGAUUCAAUCUACGUGUUAGUGUGCUUGGAGAGGAGGGAUUCUUCACAGGGAAAUUUUACUUUGAGGUGCAAGUGAUGGGAAAAACAGACUGGGAUAUAGGGGUGGCUAAAGAGUCUGUUAAAAGGAAAGGACUCAUAACAUUGGACCCAAAGAAUGGAUAUUGGAUUUUAUGGCAUAGGAAUGGGAAUGAGUAUUGUGUUAGUGAUAAUCUCCCUGUUCUUGCUCUGAAAGCCAAGCCUCAGAAGGUUGGAGUAUUUGUGGAUUAUGAAGGAGGUGUAGUGUCCUUUUAUGAUGUGGAUGCCAGAUCUCACAUUUACUCUUUCACCGACCAGACCUUCACAGAGAAACUCUACCCGUAUGCUUGUCCAUGUUUACAUCUUUUGGGUAAAAAUGCAGCCCCACUCGUCUUCACUCUUGUUAAACGUUACGAAUGAAUGGAAAUGGAUUAACUUCAUUUAGGUGUGAGUGCUGAGAAUCAACUGAAGUAUCUGAAUGUAUGUAAAUAAAUGAAAUGUGCACACAAGUGGAAGUUUAAAAAAAUACAAAGAGGGUUAUAAAAACAUUGCAUUAUUUAUUGUUAAUAUUGUAUUUGUGAUAACUAUUUCAAUGUACAACGUAAUUAUAACGGUAUAUUUCCUGAUAACUUGUAGUAUUGUGGGCACGUUCACGUUGUCUAGUACCGCCCCCUGGUGCUCAAAGGCGAGCAGACAGAAAUAAAAUAUUUAAAUUUUUAACAA